UUCCAAGUUAGGCAUGACGAUCGAGAUCCCUUCCUCCUUGUCAUUUCUCUUCACAAAUCUACCUACCGACCUUCCUACCUUUAAAGUAUGUAGGCAUCUGUAACAAUUACACAGACCUGCAAUUAUACCUCACUUGCCUAUUCGGCUACUCAUAUGGAUAUUCAUACUACCUAUGCAACAAAAGAUAUGCACAGCAUCGAGUGCUUCAGACAGGCUUCUUCGCAUGCGCAGACUUGUUCUUGCUCUCGUUCAGGGAAGGGAUAGGGACACGGUGAUCACUCCGCCUUGCCAUGGCCGAUUAUACGGAGCUUGAACUCAAGACUUUUGAACUUUCUAGUAGAGAUUCUAAUUCAUCUUUAUCCGUGACUUCCCUUGCGUUAAUCUCUGGCCUUCCCCCUUUCCAAUACCCUCCCGAAGAACUUUACCAGUUGAUUAAGUCGAAACAGUUGUGGCUCAUAUCUCCGGGUAUCUGCCGAAUACAGAUAUCGGUAUGCCAAGAUCAUGUAUCCAUGGCGUCAGAGGAAAGUGAUGGUGGAUUCCUGGAACAUCUAGCCGAUGCGAUCUGCCAGUGCUCUCUCUGGCCUGUCCUUGGACUCACAAUCAAACAAGAGGACAUACAAUACCAACCCCUGUACGACGGCGCGCCAAACCUCUAUUUCAUCAUCGAGCAUUCCCAAAAGUCGUCUCUACUUCUCUCACCUCCACAAAGUCCUACUGCCCGCUUUAAUGGGGUAGAAUGUCUAUUUCGCUAUCAAUCAAACUAUUCCGAAGUUUCCUGUGCCGCCUCCAAACAAUAUGAUAUAUGCAAUACAGAUAUCGACGGCUCUUCCCCCGAGACUACCAUACAACUCGAAGAUUUAAGUACCACUAAUACUUCCUGCGAAGAUGAGAUGACAGAUAACCACUGGCAUAACCUAAUGAUUGACACAGCAAUAACCCGAACUCAGCAACAAUGGGAUGAUGCGGCUUAUUUGGCUCAAAUGGCCCUACAUGUGACCAUUGGGAUAAGGAAACGCACGCGUGGUUUGCGAUUGUUCCAGCUCGAUAACAGGCCUUCACUGCUCGAGCUAGCCCCUGCUAUUUGGAAUGCUCAUUACUUUGAGGCGGUGACAUCUCAUGUAGCUAAUUUUCCUAUCAUUUCGAAUAUCCUAGCAACUUCUCCUUGGGGCCAGUCAUCAUCUCUCAGACAGAAGAGCACGAAGCUAUUAAUAGAUGAUGCCCGUUCUGAACAACCCGAAGACGGCGAAGAACCAGAGGGAGAAUUGAAUCUCUAUCAGAGAUCUGUCCAGCGAAGACUUUGGGGUUUACUACAAACAACAUUAAAACCAAGCACUGGUAUAAAGAAUGUUAAUUUAAGCGAUAAUCCGUGGAAGACCAAAUUUACUAAUGAAACCUUCGGGUUUAGAUUAAUGGAAACAGAUGGGCUCGGUGAAUUCGGAAUUGAUUCAGCUAAUUUGUUUGACGGUACAAGUAGUGAUAAUACUGUUUUCGAUGACUUCCCUGAAGAUGGGCGCCUAUCGCAUGGAUUCAUGGGAUACCGAAUCGGGGAUGCUAGCGGCGAGUCCGAUAUAGCGACAGAAUAUCAGCAGUGGUGGUAUAGGAGAGAGGAUCUUCAUCUAGGAACCACCCACACAACAGAAGAAGCCCAGCCCGAAGACCUCGACAAUCACUCAGACCUGAAUCACUCGAGUUCCUUUCUAAGCCAACCCUCAUCAAGGUCCAGCGAACUGCUCGACGUAUCACCUAUCUGUCAAAGCUUUUCUAGCGAUUUAACGGGACCUAUUAUUAACGUCGACAAUUUACAUCCAUCUGGCCAUUUUCACGUCGAGACUAUACAUGGCACGUCGAAUGAGACCUCACAUAAAUUAGAAAGUGUUCCUUGGCAUGAAGACUAUCAUACCAUGUGGCCAAAUGAGGUUGUUAUGGGUGAUAGUCAUUGCCAGGACGAAGAUAUGGGUUCUCAGGCUCCACAAAUGUAUGAAUAUUGACAGAAAAUGUAACCAACAAAUACACAAUAAUUAAGGUGCUAGACGCGGCCUGCUGUCAUCAAAGCACUUCUAAAUUCCACCAUCCUGUAUCUAUCACUCCCUUCUCUCUUCUACACUGGAAAUAUGGAUACCCAGACCAUGAAGUUUGAGUCGCCCAAUUUUCUGG